UUAAUCUUUAACUCAUUGUAUAAUCAUGUCACCAGAGACUCAAAAUAUUUAAAUCAAUCAGAAUCCUGAAAAAAGCUUGUCAAGAAACAUGGCUUUAGUGAACAUACUGAUAGUAAUAGCUCUGUCUUUGUUAGUGGUGGUUAAAGCUGAUCUUAAGGAAGACCACCUAGGAGAACAUAAUCGGUUAAGAGAGAAUCAUGGAAGUCCGCCCCUCGAGUUGGACGACGAACUCACACAGGGAUGCGAAGCAUAUGCUAAAGUGCUAGCUGCUAAGGAACAGCUAGAGCAUUCAAGUAGUGCCGGUCAAUAUGGUGAAAACUUGUGCAUGAGGUCAGAAAAACCUCUGAAAUGUGUUCAAGACUGGUACGACGAAAUCAAGGAUUACGACUUUGAAAAAGGACAGUUUGGCAUGGGAACCGGCCAUUUCACCGCCCUCGUUUGGAAGAAUACGAAAAAAAUGGGUUUUGGUCAAGCUACGGACAAAAGAGGUUACUACUGGGUGGUAGCAAGAUAUUAUCCACCAGGGAAUGUGAACGGUCAGUUCAAAGAAAAUGUUCUCCCUCCGAUCAAUGGGGGUGGCGAUGGUCAAAAAGGCAAUUUUAACAUGGUUCAAGUUAACACCAUUCUCAUCUUUAUCAUGCUUUGGGUUUGCGGCCACUACACAAAUUAAGGUCCAUAUCACUUUGGAAUUCUUUUGCCACACUGCUUGUAAAUUUUUAGUUCACCAAUUCAAAAAUCACAUAAUUAUGUACCCAAUAAUAAAUUUUGGCUUUUGAAGCUAAAGUGAGGAAGUUUAGUGCUUCUGUAAAAGCAA